AUGUUCGAAAUUACCGAGUCGCUGUUCUCGAUUGUCUCCGCCGGCGUUGGCGUCAUCAUCUACUUUAUUCUUCACAAAAUGCUAUUCUCCACCGCUCCAUCUUCAACGUCAUCAUCCACUUCGGAUUCUGCAUCUGAAUCCGACAAAGAGACGAAGAAGAAUCGUCACCGUCUGCUCAUUUUGAGUCAUGACCCCGAAACGAGCACAAUUUGGGGCUGGAGCCGACAGAUUUCCGCGCUCGUCAAAGUCAGAAUUCACGGAAAGAAGGCGUUCCGGUGAGUAAUUGGGAAAUGGCUGAGCAGACCCUUGGGACCAGCAGAGUCUCCGACUUGUUUAAUGCCGCUUCCAAUGUCUCGGAAAAACCGUAAAAACCGCAGAUUUUUCUGUCCAAAGUCGGCCGAAAUUUUCGUGAAAAACGGGGGUGCGCACAGCUCAAUGAAUGUAGCCGUACCCCUAAAACUACGGUAUUUUUUGAAAAUUUGCGCAAGAAAUUUGAAUAUUUUCAAAUAUCCUCAAGAAAUUAACAAAUUUUCAAGAAAUACCGUAGUUUUAGAGGUACGGUUACAUUCAUUGUGCUGUGCGCACCCCCGUUUUUCACGCAAAUUUCGGCCGACUUUCGACAGAAAAAUCUGCGGUUUUUACGGUUUUUCCGAGACAUUGGACGCGGCAUAAGUAAACCCUUGUCUUCCCGCCAAGCCGCACUUCCUAGACCUCCACAUUUUUCAGCCUGAAACUCCUCCGCAUCCUCACAAUCUCCUCAACAAUUCCGAUCGACCAAAACGAGGGCAUUGUGAACAUAAACGGAUCAGAAGCCGGCGUGGAACUACCUGCGUUCACGGACUACAUCCGAUCGUUCAUGGGCCAAGAGUACAUCUCCGCGUGGGUCGGUUUCAGCAAAAACGACACUCACAAGACGUUCGACCGACGGAUCGGCUACACAGAUUUGUACGGACUCGUCGAUUGCGGCGGUGUCAAAUUCAACGCCGAAUGGGACGUUUUCGGCAGCUACAUGAUUGUGUAAGUGUCUAUUUUUGAGGGGAUUUCACAGAUUAAUACUUUCAGAAACGAUCUGGAAUACGUCAAAAACGGGACCACUCUUUUCAAAGUGUUCAGACGAAAAUACUCGAUUGAAUCGAUGAGAAAGCUCGCCGAGGCCAACGUGUUCCGUGAAAUGCUCAUUGAGUACGAGGAGACAAACAUUGGCAUCAGGUAUCUUUUUUUUUGUAAUUGACACCUAGUAACACACUCGUUUCUUCCAGACCUCCCAUCGUGUCCAAAUGUCGUUCACGCAAGUUCUUGGCAAUCACUCCGUAUGUCAUGUAGGGUUGGCAAUGGGGCGAGAAGAGGCGACCCCCUCGCCUCGCUGGUGAGGCGAGGGGGCGCCCCCUCGCCCCGCUAUUAAAUGUGUGUCUGAUUUUUUUUCGAACGUAUUGUGAAAAGAGCAGCAACGUAAUAACUGUAGUAACUGAAAGUGGGAAAGUUGUGACGUUUGUGCGUGUACACCCAAUUUUUUUUUCCAAAAUUUUAGGUACAUCCCGAGUUACACCCCUUCAAAGUUGGGGAAGCAACAUAUAUAUUGAAGAAAAAUGAUGUUCUAAAAAAGCAAAUCAUCUUUCAAGGUCAAAAGUUUCGAACCCGACACCUCCAGACUGCCGAGUGAGCACUCUGCCACUGCGCUAAUCGGGCGAAGGCGCGCCGACCGCCAAUGGCGUCGAAAAGUUCGGUGUGCGCGGCCCCCUUCUAAUGGUGAAAUUAGUGCUUUUGCGGGCUGAAAUCCAAAACAUAACUGACUGUAACUUUUUUCGGACAACAGCUAAAUAAAAAUAUUUAGCAUGGAUUGGUCGGAAAUUUUAUGCUGAAUCCGAUGGUGUAAAAAUUGGCCACGUGUACGGUACUUCUGACCCUCAAAUCCCCCGAAAACUAAAAUUUUGACCAAACAAGCGGAAAUCGGGAGAAAAUUCGUCAGGCCACGCCUCCUCCUUUGCGCCCCCUAACUAUAGGAAUAAAAACAUAACAAAAUUAUAUGUACUGUUUUUCCUUGUAUAGAACAGACGUAUUUAUUUAUCAAAUGUUGGAAAUCCCAGAAUACUGCUGAAAAAUACCCGUUUUUUGAAAAAUUUAGCUUUAUCCACGGCGUGGGGGCGCCCCACAAAUGGGGCCAGGGGGCGCCCCCGCGCCUCUCCCCCGGGGCGAGGGGGCGCCCCCGCGCCUCACCCGCGGGGCGAAGGGGCGCUUGAGCAUGAGCAAAAAAAUGAUUGAAAAUUUCAGACCCCCUGAAAAAGUGUCUAUUUGCAACGGAGACCUUGAAGUCAACACCGACGGCAGCAGUCAGUCCGCUCCGUCUACUCCGGCGUCUCAGCAAUCUCCAAAGUAAGAAACUUCCAGAAACAUUGACCUAACAAAGGUCCAACUUUCAGUCGCCCGUCCACAAUCAUCCCACUGCCCAGAGUCUACUUGGCCUACUGCUUCGUACUCAUCGAUGCACCAUUUGAACAUCGACUCGGCAUGGUUUGGACGCAGGAGGGAGAUGCGUUUAUUCGGGAGGACGUGCCGCCUUGCAGAAAAGAUGGCACCCGACUCUUGGGACUGAACCAGUGGGCCUGGGUCACUUUGGAGUGAGUUACCUGAUUCAUUUUUUUUUAAUUUUGCGCGAGAACUCGAAUUUUCUCUGCUUCACUUUCUAAUUCAACGAAAGAGUCCAAUUUUGUUCAUCGGUGCCUGAUUCCCCGGGCGCACUACCUAACCUUACAUGCAUUCAAUCAAUCAACUUUCUAAAGUUGCUAUUGCAAUGACUCGCUACUGUAUGUCCAUAUUUUGUUCGCUGGUUACUCACCAACAAACGACCUUGAUGUUUGCUAAGGUCUCUCAAAACAUUGACACACUGCUUUUGACAUUUACAAGUCAGCUCGGCUGUGUGAAAGUGAUAGGGAUUCAGAAAUAAAUUACAAUUGCAGGAGACAAAACGGCGAUCUUUACGUGUCAGCCUUCCUCAAAAAAGCGGAAUGUCCGGUUCGGACCGAGAUUAUCAAGUUCUCCGAGGAUCGUUUCAGAUACUUUGUGAGUCCUAAAAAGCCGGUCGCCAAUCAAUAAUAGCUCUGUUUUGCAGGCAACCUACUCUCUCGAUCUGACAUGGCGCCAAAAAGGAUGCACCGAUUUCAUUUAUAGCAUGGCUCUCGGCUACAUCUACUUGCCGGACGAUCGUUUCAACGGACAUUUGUAUGCGCUACCCAUUAUACAAAAUCUUGUGAAAACACUACCGUAUUGCAGAGGCCAAUUCCGGUUGGAGAAGCUGUCGACGCCGGUCCUUUCGAGAUGCGGACUCAAGAUUGCCUAUUGGAAGGUGCACAAACUCGUCAUUUCAUAACUAAUCAUGUUCUACGCCAUUCAUUUCCUCAAUCGUUUUGUUGUUUCCCUCACGGGUCGUGUGCGUGAAGAAAUAAACCUUCAAAAACUGACAAUAAAGCAUGGGAAUCGAGGCUUUUCUUCAGUUUGUCUGCAAAAGCAGGCGACACUGUCUGUUUGGCAACCGAUUUUUCCAGAAGAACUUGUCUUGAGUAAAGUACCAUAUUGGUACUCAAAAGAUACGCGUUAUGUUUUGGAUUAUUAGCAGAUAAUACUUGUGUUUUUUUGUUGCCAUUUCCGUCAAGUCCGCUCCAGAUUAUCAUUAUUUUUGUUACAAAUUCUGAAAAAGGAAUUUUUUGGCCGGGAGGUCAAAGUGUCCAAGUGUUACUCUUUUUACUCUUUUUCGGCGUCGUUGCUUCCUUUGUUCUCCGCCGCGUUUUUGUUCGAAUUCAGAAGAACACAAAACUGCCGUUUUUGCGAUAACGAUGCUAUAAAAUAUGAACAGUUUAUGCUUUAUUCCGCUCCGAUAAAAGUGUCAACUCUUCUCGCCCACGUUUCGUUGCCCAAUGUUCAAAGGUCGUUUUUUUCAUACAAUUUGCGGGAUGCGAUUAUCAUCAGUAUCGUUGAUUAGCGCACAGAAGAGAAAUAUGCGAAUAUCAUCGUCACAUCGCCUACUUUUGCGCUAUUCUUUUACUCUCACUUUCCGUCUUUCUGCUCUCUUAUCUCUCAAAAAAUGAUACGACAUUGAUAUCGAGUAAAACGCACAUUUACUUUGCUGCUUGUAAGUGUCAGAAAGAACUUCACACGCGGAAUGAGAAGGCGGUCUUUGAACGAAACCAUCUGUUGCGUCUGAUGAUGAAUUGUUCACCUCCUUUCGUCAGUUUUUCCAUCUAAACAACAACACACAUUUAUCAUUUCCUCAUUUCGGUUAGGCCCUGAUGAAUGUGUGUUCGGUGCAUGUGACAGCUUCGGGGGGGAAUUGCUGUGCACUUUUCCCGUGAUGCACAGCUUCGUCGCUAGAAAAUUGGUGCAACAUUUUCGAGGGACGAAGCGGGACGUUCUAGCAACACGAAUUCAUGACUCGACGCUAAAUUUCAUAGAGAUUCCCAGAACUGCCUUCUAUUUAUGCGAAAGUGACCAUUUUUGCGAUAGUGGUCAAGAACGUAGCUCGGGUGUUUAUUUAAGCUUUCUUAUCGUGUGUGGCACCUGACCGAGUCGAGAAACAGUGUGCAUACAAGUGUGGGAAUUCAGAAAUGUGCCAGUUUGAUUUGCAAUACAAUCAGAUGUGUGUUCUUUCUGGUGAAAAGGGUACAAUCCUCAAAACAGUCAGUGAUUAUGUGUACCGUGUGAAGUAUUGACUCAUCUCUAGUGAUAAAGUAUAUUGGGUACAUAGAUAACUGCUUAGACUUUCCAAAAUCUUCUAAGAAUCGGUGUUCUCCAUGUGAUAGUUUCACUUUGCCAUUUUAAUACUCUUAGACAGCACGGCCUCCAGAGCUGAAAAUGGAAGCAAGUGCGGCGCCCGCCCAAUAGAGCGAUACAUUGGCGCGAAAUUCAAAUUUUAACAGCAAAAUUUGUGUUUUUUGCCAGAUUAGCCACGAAAAACCGAUAAUUUUGCAUUUGUCUCUCGAUAGACCGAUUGUAUAGGCUAUUACGAAUUUUUUAAGCGCAAGAGCGUUAAAUUUGGUCAAGUCGCAAAUCACAUUUAUCCGUUUGAAGGUUUCUGGCUAAAACUGCGUGAAUUUCAGUUGCUUUUCGGUAAUUUUCGCGGUUCGAGCGCUCAAAAUGCUUGUAUUUACGUGAUUUAUCAUUCUCAAAACUAAUUCUGUCUGAAAACGGUCAAGAAAGCGCAAAAUGAGAAGUGCGGCGAUCGGCGGCGAAGGCGAAAAAGCAAAAUCCGCGAAAAAUGCGCCAAAGCGUCAUUAAUUCUGAGAAUUGUUGUGUUUUCAUGUCGAACAAUCAUUUUUCAUCGCCUUUGACCACAAAAAUCAGAGAAAACCUAACAACAUGGACUUUUGCAGAUCUUCUUCAACAUGUACCACCGCCUCCUCAUUCUUGCCGUCCACAACACAAAACCCAACGUCUUCUACUGCUGGGACAAGUCGAACAUGCGUCUGCUCCAAGUGCAAAUAGUCAAUGGAGCCGCAGAGUGAGUCCAUUCGGCGCUAAGAACGCAAUAAUGCUAGAGGUUAGUGAUUGCAGACACAAACUUCUAUGGUUUUUCAACAUCUCCGAAUCAGUUUCGGCCGAUCAGCAGAAUGGGAAGCUCAAAGUGUCGGCGUGCAAUGUGCACCUCACCCCGCCAGCCCAUGAGGAUCACAUCCGACACGAUCAGGACGGAGAGCUCAGAAUCUUGGCGUGGAUUGGGUUCAGUCCAACCGAGUACCACCUGACGUACGACCGAAAAGUCGCAUUUUGCGAUUGGUACGGAUUUGUGGACGUCGAGCGCGUCGAUUUUCCCAGAAAUGCGGAUGUGUUCAGGAGUUUUAUAGUAGUGUAUGGUUCUGUGAGUGUGACGGAAGUCAAUGCGUCGUUUUUCAGUAACGAUUUGAAUUACGUGAAGAAUGGAACAACACUGUUCACGAUUCACAAGAGCUUGGGGCCGAUUUUGGCCACGGAAGUGGAUUUGACGGAAAAAACGAACGAGCUCAGACGGAAAUUGUCUGCGAUCGAGCAUGUUCGUGCAAUGAAAAAGUUUGUCGCCAAAAGCAAGUUCACUGAUUACAUGCCAAUUCUCAGAUUGGGCAUAAACGUGGAGAACAUCACUGCAAAGUAAGUUAGUCGGAUUUUUGCAAAGUUUAAACAAUCUAAUACAGUAUUUACGGUAAAUUUCAGAGAAAGUCGACCAUUUGCACACUCUCUGCCACGUGGCUCCUUGGGCGACGUGUCAGCGGAAAGCUCUGAACCAAGGUGAGCAAGUACAUUGUACUAGGCAGGGCUUUUGAACCACUUGCAAUAUUCCGAUCGAACCCAAACUUUGCAAGAUUGUUGGACUUGGAUUGAGGGCCAUUUGGACCAAGUUUCAGCUUUCAGCCCGAUCGGAUCGGAUAUUAGCCGAUUGUUUCCAAAAAGCACGGGCUUCCGGCCAAUUUCGGCCAAUGAUCCACAUAUCCGAUCCGAUCGGGCUGAAACUUGGUCCCAAUGGCCCUUAAUCCAAGUCCAACAAUCCUGCAAAGUUUGGGUACGAUCGGAAUAUUGCAAGUGGUUCAAAGCCCUGGUCCUAGGAUCUUUUCGAUGAAAUUUCAAUCCGAAGACAGGGAAAGUGCUCUCUCUUUCUUUUCAGUCCGUCGACAAGUCCCCCUGUUUCGCUCGAACGCCCUUCUGCUUGGAACAAAAAGGCGGAAGACUACAAUAGGUCAGUUGAACAUCCAACAAAUCCGUCCACCCCCAUUGCUACAACGUUCAGACGAAGCCCAUCCGCCGAACUCACUUACGCCAGAAAAGAGCAUUUGGGACUUUUCUACUGGCAAAAAAUAGAGGUGUUCGAGCCGAGUUACGCUGGAACCGUUUGGACGGAAGUCGGCGAGGCGGCCGUUCCCAACGAUCUUUAUCAAGAAAUGAAGUUGAGGAGAAGAAGUGGUCUCUUGCCCGGCGACUGGAUCACCGUCACUUUAGAGUUGGUCACUUUCAUGUCGAAAUGUUCCAAAUCGGAAGAGUGUUCAGGAAAAUUGUGAAGAAGGUCAAAGAAAAAGAGCAGGAGAUGUUGAUGGUUUCGAACAUUAUUCAGUGGGAGAAAACGAGCUUCCGCGACCCGCCGGUACACUUGAAAUGGUUGGAACACUACUAUCUCACGGUAUAUGUACUUCAAGCGCGUUAUCCACAAUAUCUAUAAUCGACAUUUUUUCAGCUGAAAGGAAGUCUGGACACGUCGCCGCGGAAUCAAGUGUGCAACGAUUUAUUCGGCCAUCCGCAGUUCGGAUUCGUCUGGUGCCACGAGGAUUUACUCGAAGAGUACGCGAAGAACAAGUGGUCAGUUGUUGUUGGAAAAGCGCGUUGUUUUGCUAACGUUUUGCAGGCGACCGGUUCUAUUCAUGAAGCUACUGAACCCGGUGGACACGUGGGACCGCAGGUUCAAGGCGCAUUGGAAGGUCCAUCAAAUCCUGCCAAUUGAUAAUUGGACCUGA